AUGGCGCUGAUGAAGGUGAAGUUUGAUCUAAAGAAGCGCGUGAAGCUCGCGCAGGGCUUGUGGCUGAUGUAUUGGCUCGCCGUGAUGGCGGGUAUUUUGGUGUUCAGCAUGGGGCUUUUCUUCAAGAUCGAGCUGCGCAAGCGAAGCGAGAUGAUGGACAAUAAUGAGAGCCACUUUGUCCCCAACCUGCUGAUCUUGGUGGGGCUGAUGGCAUGUGGUGUCAACGCAUUCGGUGGGAAGAUCUGCCACGACUCCCUGGUCCCUGCCAAAUUUGCCAAAUGGCAACCUAUGUUGAAGUUCUUCCUGGGAGGUUGUGUUCUUUUCAACGCACUACUCUUCUUCACAGCUUUGCUGUGCUUCACUAUGCGGAUUGCCCUGCAGUUCACAUUGGCUGAGGGCCUGAAGAAUAGCAUGAAGUACUACAAGGACACAGAUACACCCGGCCGCUGUUUUAUGAAGAGGACCCUGGACCUGACACAGAUUGAGUUCCGCUGCUGUGGAAAUAACAACUACAGGGAUUGGUUUGAGAUUCAGUGGAUCAGCAACCGCUAUCUGGAUUUUAGCUCCAGUGAAGUCAGGGACCGAGUCAUGAGCAAUGUGGAAGGAAAAUACCUCGUGGAGGGAGUUCCAUUCAGCUGUUGCAACCCCAGCUCACCACGGCCCUGCAUCCAGUAUCAGCUCACCAACAACUCAGCCCACUACAGCUAUGACCACCACACUGAGGAGCUGAACAUCUGGAUGCACGGCUGCAAGGAGGCCCUGCUCUCGUACUAUGGAGGCAUGAUGAACACAAUUGGAGCCAUGGUGCUCCUGGUCACCAUUCUGGAGGUGGGGGUAAUGGUGGGUCUGCAGUACCUGAGAACAUCUUUGGAGACUCUGGCAAACCCUGAUGAGCCAGAAAAUGAAAGUGAGGGUUGGCUGCUGGAGAAGAGUUUCAAGGAGACCAUUGCCGAGUUCAUGGAAAAAGUGAAAUCGCUGGGCAAAGGAGCCCAGGUGGAGGCUGGGGAGGACGGGCAGGAGCAGGCUGUUGCUACGGUGAGCUGAACUGCCUUGGCCUGCUCUGGGAGCAAAAUCAGAUAUGAGAGAAAUUGUCUCAACUGACAAAAUUAUCAGAGCAAAAAUCAGAAAGCACCCAUCAAAUUGUUCCUUUAAGCACAAGUUCAUGUAUUUUAUUUUUCUAAAAUUCAACAUUUUAUACAUACCAUUCUUUAUUGCCUGGCUGAAAUGACAGAAUACAGGUGUAAUUUUAUAUUUUUAAAAAAAAAAAAAUGUAAACCAUGUUAAACUGUUAAUUGUGUAUUCUAACACAGAGCACAAAGAGGUAAACAAGCUAUACAUUUUCAGCUCAGCAGUUUAAUAUUUCAUAAAUGUACUGUGACACGUGUUGGUAAGUGGAUUUUUAACCUGAUAGCUGCAGACUAUGUGCAUUAUGAGAAUGACAGCUGUUGCUCUUUAAAAAAAAAGAUACGGUCCUCUUCAAAUAGAAUGUGUUUUCGAACAAAAGAUGAAAAGAACAGUGGAAAUGACCCAUAAUGCCAGCCACACAUUUUGGAGAGGGGUCCAUUAGGCUCUAUUUUACGGCAGCUUAUACCAGGCAGCUGUUCUUACCUCUGACCCCAGCCCAGAAACUGCGGCUCCACAGGCUGGAGGCUCAGCUGGACUCAGGGGAGGCUGGGGUGGCACCGCUUACGAACCAUCACAAACGUCCUUACGUGCUCUCAGACAGAACCACUUCACUCACCACCGAUACACACACGCACACACGCCGCCACCGGGUUAAAUAUCUGCAGGAUGCUCGGAGAAAAGGGAGCAAUCACAGAAGUUGUGGCCAGCUGUUUAAGGCUACAUGACGGUGCCGAUGAGGUGAAACAAGAGAACAGGACGAGACUGCGGAACUGGAGCCAGACGAAGGAACUUUAUACAGUUUUCAGCACAUAGAUUCUACAGGUUUUUAUUCCUGUUAAGAUGGGAGGAAAAGCAUUGUAAAUGAGUUUAAUGUUGCUAAGUCUCUAAGUUACACACUGUAAAGUUCUGUGUGGAUGUUAAUUUCCGUAUUUUGAAUCUUGACAGGUAACUUUCUGUAAAUUUUGGUUUUGGUCAGCAUUACUCUGUGUUUCGUGGAUUAGGUGGAGCUGCUAGUUACUGCUCCAACCUGUAAGAUAAAGAUGUAUAAAUAGAAUGCGAGUGUGUGUCUUUCUUCAUUUGAAUAGUUGUGCUUCACAUUGUGUUAAAAUUCUGCCUCCGAGAACAUCUUUUUGCAAAAAAAAAAAAAAAAUAAGGUCCAAAUGCUAGAUUACCAGCAAUGCCUACACAAAUGUACAGAUGUGUAAAUUAUAA